UAGAUAAUCAAAGCAGCCCUGGGACUUCUGCAAAAAUGUGAGGUCAAAGACAGCUUGCCACAUUCACAGAGAGGCAGAAGUCACUUCGAAGCUGGACUGGAGUCAUCACAAUGAAGACUCUAGUAUUGGCAACAACUGGACUGUUUUUACUGUCCUCUGGCCUUGGUCAAAGAGGGGCGGAAUGGGACCCUGCUAACCCCGCCAAUCCUACUCCCUUCCUCAAGACCUUCCGAGGGGCCCCUCAAGAUGUCUAUGAGGACUUCCCCCUGUCGGUAAUAGAGGGCUGGACGAGUGCCACGCUUACUAAAAGGUGCUCCGGGGAGACGGCGGGCGGGGCGUCUCUCCGAGUGAACAACGCCACCCUGGGAUACCUCACCGGCUCUUUAAGCACCAAACUGAUCCCCACCGUCUACAUAAUGGUCUUCACCCUGGGGGUGCCAGCCAACGCUGUGACCCUGUGGAUGCUGUUCUUCCAAAGCGGAUCCAUCAGCAUGACCAUCUUCUACACCAACCUGGCCGUCGCCGACUUCCUCUUCUGCCUCACCCUGCCCUUCAAGAUCUCCUACCACCUCAACGGGAACAACUGGCUCUUCGGAGAGGCCAUGUGCCGGGCCACGACCGUCAUCUUCUAUGGCAACAUGUACUGCUCCAUCCUGCUCCUGGCCUGCAUCAGCGUCAGCCGGUACCUGGCGGUGGUUCACCCCUUCCUCUACCGCAGGCUCCCCAGGCGCCACUACGCCAUCCUAGCCUGUGGCCUGGUGUGGCUCACGGUCUUCCUGUACAUGCUGCCGUUCUUCAUCCUGAAGCAAGAGUACCACCUGGAGCAGCUGGGGGUCUUCACCUGCCAUGACGUGCACAACACCUGCGAGACCAUCUCCCCCUUCCAGUUCUACUACUUCAUCUCUCUGGCGGUGUUUGGGUUCCUCGUGCCCCUCAGCGUCAUCAUCUUCUGUUACGUCACCAUCGUACGGUCGCUCAAAGCCUAUGACCAAAAGUGGUUCUGGUACGUGAAAGUUAGUCUCCUGAUCCUCUCGAUAUUUGCCAUCUGCUUCACUCCAAGCAACGUGAUCCUGAUCGCUCACCACGCCAACUACUACUACAACAACACGGAUGACUUGUACGUCUUCUAUCUGGUGGCCUUGUGCCUGGGCAGUCUGAACAGCUGCCUCGACCCCUUCCUCUACUUUCUCAUGUCGAAGAUCACAGACCAUUCAAAUUCUUACCUCACGACGGUCAAGACAGCCAGAGAACAGUGAGGAACAGGCACCCACCUGAAUGCCUGAAGAGGUGAAGAAAACAAGUCUCCUAAGCUCAGAGUCUUAGGAUCUACUCGGAACAGGUCUGCAACUGGGAGGCCAAGUGUAAGACUGACAUUUUGCUAGGCAAAUGCUUUAGGGUACUUAACUUUAAGUAGUGUUAUUGCCACUGGGCCCCCUGAAGGAAUGAUUUCUCACCUUGUUUCAGAUUCCCUGCGAAGCAUACA